AUGGCCUUCAUUUCGGAGGCCCUGGCGCGUACGGCGUCUGAGUACGCCAUAUAUGUACUUCCGUCUCUUCUUUUGCUUUAUCUGCUUCAACAGUAUUUCCACAAUGGUCUUAAUCACUAUCCAGGGCCGUUUCUGGCCAAGUUUUCAGAUCUUUGGCGAUUCCUUGAUGUGCGGGGUCGACAUCCUGAAGUGACGCACAUAGCCUUACAUCGAAAGUAUGGCGAUGUUGUCCGGCUGGGGCCCAACACUUUGUCUUUCGCAAGCCCAAGUGCGAUCAAGGUGAUUUACGGACUGAACAAGGGAUUCACCAAGUCUGGGUUCUACCCAGUCCAGAUGACCGUCUCCAAGGGCGAACCGUUGCCCUCACUUUUCUCUACGCUGGACGAGUCUUUCCAUGCGAACCUCCGCCGUUCCGUCAAUAACGCCUUUUCCAUGAGUUCUAUGGUUCAGUAUGAGCCCAUGGUCAACGAAACCACAGAACUGUUCCUGAACCAAACCGCCCAGUUGUUCGCGGAUGGGGAAAGUGUCUGUGACUUCGCUCGAUGGUUGCAAUUCUUCGCAUUCGAUGUCAUUGGUAGCAUCACAUAUAGCAAGCGGCAUGGUUUCAUUGAAAAAAACCAAGAUAUCGAUGGCAUCAUCCAGUCACUUGCACGGAUCUUCGACUACUCUGGACCUGUUGGCCAAAUGCCGUGGCUGGAUAAACUGCUGUGGAAGAACCCGAUCUUCGAUGCCCUGCAGAAAUGGGGGAUAUUGGAUAACUCCCACCCUGUCGCUGUCUUUGCGCGUCAGCGUAUGCACGAACGCAUCGCGACCAACAUGGCUACCAGAAAAGCCGACCACAAGGACGAUCUUCUUACCAUGUUCAUGAAAGCCAGCAAGGACCGGCCGGAAUUUAUGACCGAAAAACGCGUGCUCACCAUGGCGGUUUCCAUGGCCUUUGCCGGCUCGGAGACCACUGCGAUCAGUCUCGGGGCUGUUUUCUACUAUCUCCUCAAGCACCCAGAGGGUCUGAGACGCGCACGCCAAGAAAUAGAUGAUGCCGUACGAGAUGGGUCGAUUAUGAACCGCGCAACGGGUAUUGUCUCAUGGGCGGAGUCGCAGAAACUGCCUUUCCUCGACGCUUGCAUAAAGGAGGCUUUCCGUAUCCAUCCGGCUGCAGGGCUGCCCCUUGAACGGGUCGUGCCGGCUUCUGGUAUCGAAAUCGCUGGCCGGUUCAUCCCUGGUGGGACCAUCGUUGGUUGUAGUCCCUGGGUGAUUCAUCGCCGCGAAGAAAUAUUCGGUCCCGAUGUCGACGCAUUUAACCCGGAUAGAUGGCUUACCGCGCCGGAGGACAAGUUGAAGACCAUGAACGGGAUGAUGCUUCAAUUUGGAGCAGGGUCAAGAACAUGCAUCGGGAAGAAUAUUUCGCUGAUGGAGAUAUACAAGCUGGUGCCCAGCUUUUUGAGGAGAUUUAAUGCAAGUUCCUCUGCCUUUGAUGUACAACUCGCAUACCCUGACGAGGAAUGGAAGCUUUGGAAUGCAUGGUUUGCUGACGAUCGCACGGGUCCGGUGAAAACGCGGAGUCGCGCAGGAUGCUCAGCCUGCCGCGCGAGUCGGGUCCGCUGUGACACCAAGAAACCAGUCUGUACGAGGUGUCAGGAGAAGGGCCUGUCCUGCUCCACUCAGCUGGUGUUGAAAUGGGAGUCCGAAUUCGUGAGGAGAGGAGUCGCUUUUGGACGAGCAGGCGUCUGGAGUAAAUCCAAAGUUGACGGGAAAGGCGUGUCUACACCGUCGCCUUCCGGCUCGCGGUCUCCUUCGCGUGGUGAGCAUGAUUGGUGUCUUAUUCCCCCGGUUGAGUCCUGGGGCUUUAUCAAUAAUUUUGCCGGGGCUUUUGAACGCCCAUACGCAGUAGAUAUUGAGCGUAAUGAAUGCACUGCCCUUGUUCCCUGGGGUAAGGACGGGGAUGAUCUGUUCUCUGACGGUGCGUUGCAAAGUAUCAUGGGACAGCUGGCCAGACCAACAGCACCGUUACCGCUCUUUCCUCACUUAUCUGGGUCGAAUCAUGGCAAUUUGUUAGAGUACUAUGUGCGACAGGUGUGUCCGCGGACGACUGCAAGCUCAAGUUCUCCAUCUCCUUUCGCCUCGGCCGUCCUUCCGUUUUGCUUGACUGCAUCUCCGACCCUCUUCAAAGCAAUCCAGGCUUUGGGCGCUUGCUACCGGUCUCGAUUCAACCCGUCAUAUGCGGUUAUCGGGCUCCGACUCAAAUCCGAGGCCAUAAAAGGACUCCGGAACCAAUUGGCCACCACUGGGCCAUUGGGCGGCUCAUCAGAUCCGGAGACCUUGCUGGUCAUGAUGAUGCUUUGUCUUUACGAACUAGCCGAUCAUUGUGAUGAACGCUGGACAAUUCACUUGAAAGGCGCCAAGGAACUAAUCCGCCUAAGACGGCAGCAGGCGAUCCAACCUUCUCCAUCUCAAGAGCCAGUGACUGCGUUUGCGGAACAAUUUUUUGCUUUUCAUGACGUUAUGGGCCGCACUGCUUGUGGCGAGAAAGCUUUGUUCGGAGACGACUACUGGCAUUCGGAUGAUCGCAAAGUUGAUUGCUGGAUGGGGUGCAGUCCUGAGUUGGUUUCCAUUUUAUCGACGGUCACUGAGCUGAGCCACAGCAGGCGACAGCAGGUAUCUGAUACAGACCGCGCUGCAUUUUCCUUGAAAGCAGCAACCCUUGAUCACCAGCUGGAAGAGUUGGCGCAGCAAGUUGACGAUGAGGAAGAUGACCUUCGCCCAAUUGCGGAAUUGAGGCGACUGUCCGCGCUCCUGUACCUCCACUGCGCGCUGCACAAUGCUUCGCCGUCUACCACUAUCGUUGUCAGCUAUGUUCGAAGAAUCUUGAAGCUCGUCUCGGAAAUGUUGGAUGCUGGAUCCCUUGUCGGUCUAGCUUGGCCUGUAUUUGUGGCUGGGGUGGAACUCGAUCCACUCAACGAUGUCAUUUGGAAAGAUGCGGAUGGAAGUGAAGUCUACGGACGGCCGUUGGUCUUACGUGCAUUGGCAGCAAUGGCGGAAUCCAGUGUUUCCAGUGUUUCUCGCACGAGAGCUGUCAUUUCAAAGAUCUCGAAUAACAUGGCAUCGUCAACUACUUCGUCAACAGUCUCUCACAGCGUGCCGCCUAUUCCUUUCGCGAGCAGACUGAGUGAACAGUUGUCUCAGCAGACUAGACAGGGUGAAUCAGGCACCGAAACUGACUCUGCAGGAGACAAAGCCAGCUUGUUGGGCCCCCCUUUGCGUCCUUCACCAAAAUCACGAUCUCUGUCCGACGCCUCGAAGCCGUCUUCAUCCACUCCGUCCGUCGCUAGUGAAGGGCGCCCUUCCAGCAAAGAUGAUUCUUCCCUCCCAUCCGCCCCGGAAACACCACAGCGACCAUCCCUAUCAGGCCUUUCCCUAAACCUCUCAUCAAAGAUUUCUGGAACCGUAUCGUUGUCUACUCGUGCCCCUCUUUCUCCAAAGCUCGAUUCGUCCCACAUCUAUAGUUCCCCUGGGUCGGUCCUCCCACGACGCUCGCGAGGGCUCGAUUUCUCGCAAUCUUCUCCGGACUCCUCUCCGACAAUUGGCGGAAGAGGUGUUACCAUCCCUCAGCGCCGGGUGUCUCUAGGCUCUACAUCUGUUCCACCGUUCUCAACAUCCAACCCCGCUGAUCGGACCACUAUUUCGAGCUCCGUGUCCAGUGUGAAUAUGAUGGAAUCCGACACCAGUAGUAGCGAGGAAGAUGAUGAGCCCAUGAUUGGGGAUAGAGAUGACAUGAUCGUGAACACUCCGCAGGCGAGGAAGCUGGGGGCGGGGUUUAGCGCUUUUGCGGCAGGGAAUCUGCCCAGCCCCGGCAAUGAUUGGAUGGGCAACUACUCUCAGGCUGCAGCUAGCCUGAUGAGUUUCCAGAGAGCGCGUUUUCGCAAAGGACGCAGCGGGCACAGUUCGAGCAGUGCUAGUGUGAAUAGCUCUAAGCAAAGCCCCGGCCCUCUCUCUCCACCUGUCAUGAAAAGCAUCGAAAACCAGAAUGGAUACUUUGGUCACAGGGGCAGUGUAGCUUCCCGACGUGAGAGUUUGAGCUUAGGGACCCGUGAUUUGCGACUGUCCGAUGUGAGUGACGAGGGCGAGAACCGAAGUACCCGUGCUCAUAGUCCAACUGCUACGAAGUCGGACGGUGGGCCUUUGGGGGUAAUUCGGCGUGCCGUCACCCGACGAAGCAGCCUACUACCUAAAACAAAGACAUUCGCUCGAAUUCGGGCCGCCCUCAUGGAAGAGUCAGCCCCAAUUGACUGUGAGGCGAAGCGCGAAGCCGAGGUUAUUCGUCAGGUUCGCGAAAGUGAACCCGAGAUGCCGCAAACCUCACCUAUUUUGACUGCCUUCUCCUCGCCCAAUCCAUUUAUCUCUCGGGGAUUGUCCACAAGCUUGGAGGACGGAGGAAAGUCCGGUGCUAUGAUACCGGACGAACCGACGAGUUUUAGUGACCAGGCCCACCGCAACUCUGGCGGUCAUGAGUUCUGGAAUUCAUUCGACGAACGUUAUCGUACCCCUCCCCCUCCUCUCCGGCCACAUGCCUCUUCCGUGUCCGAGGAAGAUCUGGCAAUGGAACUCACGCCAUCUACCACAUUUGGAUCAAGCACUACUGAAUUUGCGAAACCUGUUGAACGGCCUGCGUCAGGCUCAUCGACUCCCUUUGCCGCCCAGCCUGGCCUAAUUUCCGAGUUUAGGAGGAAACGACGACGGGAUGAUGAUUUUGACCCCAAUCUUAUCAAAAGGCGAGCCGUGUCACCUAGUAUGAGUGUUCAGAGUAGCCCGGUUAUGCCCAAUUCCCCAGCAGUCAAGGAUACAGGGUACAAUAUCUGGGGGCCUCCUCCCAAGUCAAAUCUCGGCCCACUGUUUACUGAUCGUCUUGGUGGCGAGAGCGGGGGUCGGAAUACGUCCACCACUGGCCCUACCGGUACCUUGAAGAGAGUUGGUCUUCAGGGCAUGAAUGAAACCAAUGAUGGGUUUAUGAACAUGAGCAUCGAGUAA